CAAUCUUAUUCACAUGACCCAACCAUCGUGUUUCACUUCUGCAGAGCUGUCAUGACCAACAGUUGCGUCUUAAGAAAUCAGUCCGGUAGAGAUAAUGGGUAUCUUUCAAAUAGUGGUUAUUCUAUUACUGAGCCAACUCCCUUCAUUGAGAGGAAGAAUCCCCCUGUUUUUACCAUGUGACAAUAAUGAAAACGAUACUGAGAUAUACUGCACUGACAGGCCACUCGAUGAUAUCCCUGUUUUCACUUCAAUGAAUGUAACGUUUGUUGACCUAAGUCACACCAAGAUACGGGAAGUAGGACAGCGUAAAUUCUCUGGCAUUCCAAAUCUAAUCACUCUGAAAAUGAUGUGGAAUUGUGAUCCCAAUAGCAUUCGAAACAUAAACAGCCCCUCCUGUGGAGUCAGAAUACACAAGGAUGCCUUCAGGAGUCUGAACAACCUCACUUAUUUACAUCUGUCAGGAAACAGCCUUACCACUUUACCCUGGUUACCGGAAAGAAUUAAGGUCCUGGAUCUCGAGAGUAACUGCAUUUUCAAAAUCAUCAUCCCUUUUGGAACCCCACAUCUAGAGCAGCUCUUCCUAUCAAUGAACUGUUAUAAUGAAAACCCUUGCCACCAGUCAUUUUACAUCCAUGAGGACGUUUACAAGGAGCUAUCACAUCUAAAAGUUCUAACCCUUGGAUACAACAAUUUGACAUCAAUACCACUAGGUUUGCCAGCUUCCCUUAUGAAAUUGGAAUUGCAAGAAAAUACAAUAAGUGAGGUUCCAGAAGGGGCAUUUGCUAAUGUUCCUAACCUGGAGGAACUAAAUCUAGAAUGGAAUUGUCAGCGUUGUGACCACGCAGCCCGCCCUUGUUUUCCUUGCCCUAACAAUGCCUCCCUAAAGCUUCACCCUAAUUCAUUCAAUACGAAAAACAGCUCCAUUCAUUUUCUGAGCAUUAGGGGAAACUCUUUGAACAAUAUACCAGAGGGUAUUUUUCUACCUUUGACACAUCUGAAGAGGUUGGAUCUCUCCAGCAACUACCUUGCCUACACCAUCCGUAAUGGUACCUUCUUUACAGAGCUAAAGCAGUUGAAAUGGAUCAGCCUCAACUAUAACUCUUAUCCAUCCAAGACAUUUCCUGAACUGAUCCUUUCAGAACAUCUGGGAAAUGUCUCAAAUCUCGAAACCCUUCUGUUAAGCGGGAACUUUUUCAACACUGUUUCAGAACAAAGCCUUGUGGUUCUGUCCAGACUCAAACAACUUAAGAUGCUGGAGAUGCGCAUGAAUUUCAUUAAAUGUUUCAACAUGAGCACUGUGGGAAUGUUAACUUCCCUCAAAAAAAUUGAUGUCUCCCAGAACAUACUGAGUUAUCUCCCUUAUAAUGUGUCAUUUGGGUCCUGUUUAGAACAAGGCUCACAGGAUCAAAAUGUUUUCAAAGGCUUUUCAGAAUUACCAAUGCCACCAAUAUCAGUACACAUUAAUCAAACUAUGAUUGAAAGCAACACCUGUAGAACUAACAAUACAAUAUUGGAAAUGUGGCAUUUCAAAAAGAAAUUCUGCCAAAAAAAGUUUACAGUUGAUCUUUCACAAAAUAAUCUUAUUUUCCUUCGUAAAGAAUUUUUCUAUGGUAUGGAAAAUGUUGUAUGCUUGAACCUGACUUACAAUUAUGUAAACCAGGUGUUAAGAGGUAGACUUUUUGAUAAAUUGAAAAGCUUAGCUUACUUAGAUAUGUCAUACAAUAGAAUUGACCUAUAUUAUAGGGAUGUAUUCAGUGAGUUGAACAGGACUUUGAAGGUACUGGACCUCAGUCAAAAUGAGUAUAUAUUUCGUAUGAAGGGAAUGGGUCAUAAUCUUGAGUUUAUUGACAGGCUCACUAAUUUGGAGGUUUUAAAUCUUGCAAAUAAUGGCAUGGGUCAGCAAAUUACUCCGCACCUGAGCAGCAACUCCGUGAAGUAUUUGUACUUUUCUGGGAAUCGCCUAGAUAUAAUGUGGUAUACAGAGGGCCAGACCUACAUUCAUUUCUUCCAGAACCUGAAGAAUUUAAUCUACUUGGACAUCUCUCAGAACCGCCUGCGUUCAAUCGAAAACCGGAUCCUCUGUAAUCUACCAAAGAGCAUUCAGGCUAUCAGCAUUAGCAAUAAUUACCUUUCUUAUUUUACAUGGCCGAACCUCCAAUGUCUCGGAAAUCUAACGCAUCUAAAUCUCAGUGGAAAUCACCUUUCAAGUCUGCAUCCAAGUAUUACAGAGUUUCCACCACAUCUUUCCUUGUUGGACCUCAGUGGCAACCAGAUUACUGAUCUUCCUGAUAAAUUCUUCUGUAAAGCCAAAGCUUUGCAUUGUCUCUAUCUCAAUGACAACUUUCUCAAAGUGUUGAACCGUCAGUCACUCCCACCUCUGCUGACAAAUGGCACUUCUUUUCAAUUGCUUACCCUGCAUGACAACCCUUUCAUCUGUGACUGUAACAACUCCGGAUUGGAUGAAUUCCUGCGGACCAGCAACACACGUAUUCCUCACCUGACCACUGCUGUUCAAUGUGGAUUCCCAGAGCCCCUGCAGGGUCAACAUGUGCUGACCGUCGACCAGCGUUCCUGUCAGGAGAUCUAUGGUGGCUUGGCCUUCCUCUUAAGUACACUCUUCAUAUGUGCAUUUAUUGCUCUGCCACUGUUAAGACAUCUGUAUGGCUGGGAUGUGUGGUACUGCCUACAGAUCCUAUGGGCAGGAUGUAAGGGCUACCUGCAUUCGUCUGCCAGUUGCUCGCCAAAACACUAUGAUGCUUUCGUGGUGUUUGACACAAACAACCAGGCCGUGAGAGACUGGGUUUACAAUGAGUUGGUUAUCCAUUUGGAGAGCUCAGGCCACAGAAGAUUCUCUCUCUGUUUAGAGGAGAGGGACUGGAUUCCUGGGCUUUCCUGCAUUGAAAACCUCCACCAUGCUGUCCAUAGCAGCGAGAAGACAGUGUUUGUGCUGUCCAACGGCACAAGAAAUGGCGUUGGUGAAGCAACGGUCAACGGUCUGAUACAGCAGACUUUUUUCAUGGUCCAGCAGAGACUUCUUGAUGAGAAGGUGGACGUAGCCGUUCUCAUACUGCUGGACAAGAUGUUUCCCAAGCUGAAGUACGUCCAACUAAGGACGAGGUUGUGCAAGAAGUCAGUGAUGUCCUGGCCUAGAAACCCAAAGGCCCAACCCCUAUUCUGGAACCAAAUGAGGAUAGCACUGUCAUCAGACAAUCUUAAAUUAUAUGACAAAAACAUUAGUGAAAGUUUCAUAUAAAUUCCACUCGUCUCUCAAAAUCUAUCGUCUCUCUGAAAAUAUGUGUAGAUAGGCCUAAUUACUUUUCAAUGAAGACCACCGCUGUUCAACAAUUGAUGUGGACCUUGUGUGACCUUGUGUAAAUAUAGCCUAACCCUAACCCUACAUUUUAUGUAGUUUACAUAUAUAUCAUAUAAUCCUUUAUUUUUAGCUUUCACUUGUCUCUAGUUUAACAAACCAACAUCUACAGUUUCUGAAAAAUGUGAAGAAAUGUGCGUGUGUAUAUAUAGGCUGAAUAACUUUUCAAUGUAGAGCACAUCCUUUUAAUAAUUUGUGUUCAAUUUGGGAUUAGGGUUCCUGUUCCUGCUAAUUUGCAUCCCUGAUUAUGUAGCGUUUUAAUGUAAAAACACAUAACUAAUCUUGGACAAUGUACUGGCUAUGCUGCCACUUAGAUUAAUCAAACCAUCAUGAAACUCAUGAUAUGUAUACAAUUAAACGAUUUUAUACUUGACAUGCAUUCGUGUGCUGAUCUAGAGAAGGGAUUAAAGCCUAGUGCUGUACUGAUUUGGGAAUUCUUGACAUCAGUCAAGCAUAUGUCUAUGUUAUGGGGACCUUUUCUGUUAAGACACAGUUUAUUUUGUCUAAAGAUGUAUGCAUACUGUAGAUUGGUAUUUUUAUCUAGUUUUUAAGAUAUGGGUUCGGACUUCAGUCUUGUAGAUAUGGCAAAGAGUACCCAUGAUUGUAAGAUAUAAAACGACUUUGUGAUUUUUGAAUUA